GCCGGCGUCCAGUCCGGUGCAGCCGGUGUCCAGUCCUGCGUCCAGUCCGGUUUUCGAGCCGGCGUCCAGUCCGGUGAUCGAGCCGGUGUCCCAGCCGGUGAUUCAGCCGGCGUCCCAGCCGGUGAUCCAGCCGGCGAUCCAGCCGGCGUCCCAGCCGGCGUCCCAGCCGGCGAUCCAGCCGGCGUCAAGCCCUGUCCAGCCGGCCUUCCAGCCGGCGUCAAGCCCUGUCCAGCCGGCCUUCCAGCCUGCAUCAAGCCCUGUCCAGUCUCAUGUAUUGCUUUCCUCCCGUGUCUCAUGUUCCUCACCUGCCCUGUGUAAUUAUCCCUCGUUUGUCUUGCCUAUUUAAUGCCUCAUGUUUCAUUGUCCUGUGUUCGUUCAUUGUGUGUGGUGGUGUUUUGUUUGCCUUCCCAGCCUUGCCUGUCGUGUGCCUUAGACCAUGUUCGCUAUGUUGCCUGUGUACCUUGUGAGUGUUUAUACGUAGUGUCUCGUUUUUGAUUUAGUUCAGUUUUUUGCCCUCUCAUGGGAAGUGUUUUGUUUUGAUUUCUUGUUUUGUUUCCGUGUUCUAGUUCUUGUUCUGUUUUUGCACCCCAUCGUGGGUUUUUGUUUUGUGUUCAAUAAAGUCUUGUCCUGUUAUCCCUUACCGCUGCCUGCGCCUGGGUUCUCUCUCCGUGUGACCGUGACAGAAGCAAUAUCAGACGGAUAGCAGACGGAUAGAGUCUCUUUGCUGACACAACCCACACCAUGGCUAGAUUCAUUUGUUUAGCUGGGUUUUCUUUGGCACUAUGUCAUUUUGGAUUGGCUUCCCAGCUCAUAUGUUACUUCACAAACUGGUCUCAGUACAGACCUGAUGUUGGCAAGUACCUGCCAUCUAACGUGGAUCCCCAUUUAUGCACCCAUUUAAUUUAUGCGUUUUCCAUUAUUAAUCAGGCAAAUCAACUGAGCACCUAUGAAUGGAAUGAUGAAACUCUCUACAAAUCUUUCAAUGGACUGAAGCAAAUAAACCCCAGUGUGAAAACUCUCUUGGCUGUGGGAGGAUGGAACUUUGGUACAGCUCAGUUUAGUAUCAUGGUGUCCACCCCGGCAAACAGACAGACCUUUAUUCAGUCUUCCAUCAACUUUUUGAGGACUCAUGGCUUUGAUGGUCUUGACCUGGACUGGGAGUUUCCUGGUUCCCGUGGAAGUCCUCCAGAAGACAAGCAAAGAUUCUCACUGCUCUGCAAGGAACUUCUGGAAGCUUAUGAGGCAGAAGGUGACGCCACUGGACGUCCCAGACUCCUGCUCACUGCUGCCGUUUCUGCUGGGAAGAAAAUCAUUGAUGAUGGUUAUGAAAUUGCAGAAAUUUCUAAGUACUUAGACUUCAUCAAUGUCAUGACGUAUGACUUUCAUGGCUCAUGGCAGCGUUUCACUGGACACAACAGUCCUCUGUAUCGUGGGUCUAAAGACACAGAAGACAACAUCUACCUCAAUACUGAUUUCGCCAUGACAUACUGGAGUGAUCAGGGCGCCCCUGUGGAGAAACUAAGGAUGGGAUUUGCAACAUACGGACGGACGUUCAGUCUGACGUCCACGGCCAGUGAUGUUGGAGCUCCAGCUGAUGGUCCUGCUACAGCGGGAACAUACACCAGAGAGGCUGGAUUCUGGUCCUAUUAUGAGAUCUGCACCUUCCUUAAAGGAGCAACAACACAAUGGAUCGAUGAUCAGAAAGUUCCAUAUGCAACCAAAGGAAAAGAGUGGGUGGGCUUUGACAACAAGAUGAGCUGCGAGACAAAGGUUCAAUACCUAAAGGACAAUCAGUUUGGAGGAGCGUUUGUCUGGGCUCUGGAUCUCGAUGACUUUACGGGACAGUUCUGUGAGCAGGGCAAAAGUCCUCUCAUCAGCCACCUGCAUCAGCUUCUUAACAUCAGUACUCUCCAUCCCAACCCAUCAUUCUCCCCAGAAUCACCUCUUGUUACCCCUAAUACAACACAUCAGCCUGUUGCACCUCAUACCAAUGGACCUCAUGUUCUACCAUCAUCUGUCCCUGUAAAUAACUUUUGUGCAGGCAGGCCAGACGGGGUGUACGCAAACCCAGCUGACCACACGUCCUUUAUUCAUUGUGCCCAUGGCAGAACAUUUGUAAAGCCGUGUCCUUCGGGGCUCGUCUUUAAUAUCAACUGCUUGUGCUGUGACUGGCCUAGAAAUGUGAAUGUGCAGUGACUGCCCCAUGUCAUAUGAUGUAGUGUAACGCUCCUGUGGAGGAGAAAUGUGUGAAAUGAUAAGGUUGCGGUGUAGAUCCUUCUGGUGACAAUAGUGGCGUUUUAUCCUAAAAUACUUUCUAUAAUUGGGAAUUACACUCUGUACCUUUAUUUUCUAAUAUUAAUACUAUGCUACAUUAUGCAAGUCUGUCUAACCUUUCUAAUUAAAAUUAACCUGUUUUAAGA